AUGGCUCUUCCCAAAACGCCCCUCCCCAAGCUCGUCUCUCUCCUCCUCCUCCUCCUCUCUCCCCUCUUCUCCUCUUCUUCGUCCUCCUCCCGCUCCUAUUCCGAUCUCACCCCCGACGAGUUCCGCGCUGCACGCCUAAGGCUCGCCCCGGGUCUCGCCUCCGUGGCGGCGCCACAUCGGGGAUCGCCCCGUGUUCUAGAACCUUACGAGGAGGCGGAGCUGCUUGCGCGCGAGUGCGACCUCAGCGGCGGCGACAGCGGCGCGAAGGUACUCGCUGUCGAGGACGCGACCUCGCCCACCUCAAGAUCGCCGUCCAAGUCCUACUCUCCGGCGAUGGAGAUGAGAGCGUCCAAAAAAUCCCUACGAAGAAGGUGGGAUGCGGGGUCCUGGCGGCAGCGGCAGUGGAGCGUGGCGCGGCGGAGCAGAGAAGGUGGGAUCCGGCAGCAGCAACGGCGCGGGUGGCAGCAGCGGCGCGGGCGGCGGCCGCGGCAUCGUGUGGGAUGCGGGCCCCUGGCGACUACGGCAGCGGAGCGUGGCGCGGUAGAGCGGAGAAGGUGGGAUGUGGCAGCGCCAGCGGCGCGGGUGGAGGGAUCGGGGGGAGAUCCAGGCGCGGUGGGGUCGGACGGAGACGAGGAGGGCGAGCGCGAGCGCGAGCGCGGCGACGGGGGUGCAGCAAAGGGUUCAGUGGCGGUCUCCCCAAAUCUUAAUUCAAUGGAACUGGUCGAAGUUCACGGGAAGUACGACCAGAUUUUUGCAGAGUCAGAGGGCCAACCUUUUGGAGCUGAGAGCAAGAUUAUCUGA